CGGAGGGGCGGCGGCGGUUCGGGCGGCGGCUCUCGGCGCUCUGAGGCGCGGGGCGCGGCGGGCGCAGGGCUCAUGUAAUCAAGGAAGUUUCUUUGUUGUGUGUAUCUUUUCAGAACACAACAGGAAUUGAAAAUGAAUCAGAACGCUGAGCCUGUGGCAGCCGCCGAGACCCUGGCCGAGGUACCUGAGCAUGUGCUUCGAGGCCUUCCAGAGGAAGUGAGGCUUUUCCCAUCUGCUGUUGACAAGACUCGGGUUGGUGUCUGGGCCACUAAGCCAAUUUUAAAAGGCAAAAAGUUUGGGCCAUUUGUUGGUGAUAAGAAAAAAAGAUCUCAGGUUAAGAAUAAUGUAUACAUGUGGGAGGUCUAUUACCCAAAUUUGGGGUGGAUGUGCAUUGAUGCCACCGAUCCAGAGAAGGGGAACUGGCUGCGCUAUGUGAAUUGGGCUUGCUCAGGAGAAGAGCAAAAUUUAUUUCCACUGGAAAUCAACAGGGCCAUUUACUAUAAAACUUUAAAGCCAAUCGCGCCGGGCGAGGAGCUCCUGGUCUGGUACAAUGGGGAAGACAACCCCGAGAUAGCAGCUGCGAUUGAGGAAGAGCGAGCCAGCGCCCGGAGCAAGAGGAGCUCCCCGAAAAGCAGGAAAGGGAAGAAAAAAUCCCAAGAAAAUAAAAACAAAGCAAACAAAACUGAAGACAUACAGCUGAAGACAAGUGAGCCAGAUUCCACCUCUGCAAAUAUGAGAGAUUCUGUGGAAGGCCCCAGAGACGAAGACGAGAAGCCUUCCGCUUCCGCCCCCGAGCAGACGGCCGUCCUUCAGGAGGCGGUUAGUCAGGAUGUGCCUCCGGAGCCCGCCCUCCCGCCCCCUGCCCAGGACCCCCAGGCGGGACAGGCCGCAGAGCUGGACGCGGCGCGUAGCGAGGCGAACGACGCGGAGGAGGAAGAGGAGGAGGAGGGGGAGGAGGGGGAGCUGGACGAGGAGGAGGAGGAGGAGGAGGCGGCUGGCGUGCCAGGCGAGAGCACCUUGGGAGAGCCGGAGAUGCGGUGUGAUGAGAGGCCGGAGGAUUUAUUAGAAGAGCCACAGACUGUUCCGACGGGCGCUCUUGAAGACUCUCCGGACGUAGCACCUGCUCUCAGAAUUCCCAAAGCUAAAGAAGAGGCCAACGGGGACGUGUUUGAGACGUUUCUGUUUCCGUGUCAGCAUUGCGAGAGGAAGUUCACGACCAAACAAGGGCUGGAGCGGCACAUGCACAUCCACAUAUCCACGGUAAACCACGCCUUCAAGUGCAAGUACUGCGGGAAGGCGUUCGGCACGCAGAUCAACCGGCGGCGGCACGAGCGGCGCCACGAGGCGGGGCUGAAGCGCAAGCCCAGCCUGACGCUCCGGCCGCCGGAGGCCUCAGCCGAUGGCAAGGCGCCCGGGGACGGCGCCCCUGCGAAGGAUGACGCGCAGCCUCCCAGUCUCGGGCAAGACUCUCUGGCCUUGAGUUCAGAGAAGGCUUCCCCAGACACAGUCAGUUCUUCUGUUGUAGAAGAGAACGGAGACGUUAAAGAGCUUCAUCCGUGCCAAUACUGUAAAAAGGUUUUCGGAACCCACACUAACAUGAGGCGGCAUCAGCGCAGGGUCCACGAGCGGCACCUGAUCCCUAAGGGGGUGCGGCGGAAAGGGGGUCUCCUCGAAGAGCAGCGGCCCCCGGCAGAGCAGGCCCCGCCUGCCCAGAGCGUCUACGUACCCAGCACCGAGCCAGAGGAGGAAGGGGAGGCAGACGACGUGUACAUCAUGGAUAUUUCUAGCAAUAUCUCUGAAAAUUUGAAUUACUAUAUUGAUGGUAAAAUUCAGACCAGCUGCAGCACCAGUAACUGUGAUGUCAUUGAGAUGGAAUCCGGUUCGGCAGACGUGUACGGCAUCAACUGUCUGCUCACCCCAGUUACAGUGGAAAUAACUCAAAAUAUAAAGACCACACAGGUCCCUGUAACGGAUGAUCUUCCUAAAGAGCCUUCCAGCAGCACAAACAGUGAGUCCAAGAGACGGAGGACUGCCAGUCCCCCUGUGUUGCCCAGAAUUAAAGCCGAGGCCGAGUCUGAUCCCGUAGCACCUUCGUGUUCCCUGAGCCUGCCUCUCAGCAUAUCAACCACAGAGGCCGUUUCGUUCCACAAAGAGAAAAAUGUGUAUUUGUCAUCAAAGCUCAAACAACUUCUUCAGACCCAGGAUAAACUAACUCCUCCCGCAGGGAUUUCAGCCACUGAAAUACCUAAAUUAGGUCCUGUCUGUGUGUCCACGCCUGCGUCGAUGCUCCCUGUGACCUCGAGCAGGUUUAAGAGGCGGACCAGCUCUCCCCCCAGCUCCCCACAGCACAGUCCUGCCCUUCGAGACUUUGGGAAGCCGGGCGAUGGGAAAGCCAUGUGGACUGAGGCAGUUCUGAGUUCCAAAAAGCCCAAAUUAGAAAGUCAUAGCAACUCACCAGCAUGGAGUUUGUCUGGGAGAGAUGAGAGAGAAACUGGGAGCCCUCCAGGCUUUGAUGAAUAUAAAGUAUCUAAAGAGUGGGCAGCUAGUUCUACUUUUAGCAACGUAUGCAACCAACAGCCACUGGAUUUGUCCAGUGGUGUAAAACAGAAGGCCGAGGGUACAGGCAAGGCUCCGGUCCAGUGGGAAUCUGUGUUAGAUCUCAGUGUGCAUAAAAAGCCUAGUAGUGACUCUGAAGGCAAGGAAUUCAAAGAAAAUCAUUUGGUGCAGCCAGCCUGCAGUGCUGUAAAGAAAAAGAAGCCAACCACCUGCAUGCUACAGAAGGUCCUUCUCAAUGAAUACAAUGGCGUCGACUUACCUGUAGAAAAUGCUCCAGAUGUGACCAGGAGCCCCAGUCCUUGUAAACCCCUAGAUCCUCAGCCGGACCCUGACCUUGGUCCCGACUCUAGCUUACCGGCUCCUCCUGGCGAGUCUCCUCCUUCGUCACCUGCCCUGCAGACAUCUUCCCUUUCUUCCGGGCAGCUGCCUCCCCUCUUGACCCCAACCAAUCCCUCUUCCCCCCAGCCCUGUCCUCCUGUGUUAACCGUUGCCACCCCACCCCCUCCGCUGCUUCCUACUGUACCUCUUCCGGCCCCCUCUUCCGGGGCAUCCCCUCAUCCGUGUCCCUCCCCACUCUCGAAUGCCACCGCACAGUCCCCACUUCCAAUUCUUUCCCCGACGGUGUCUCCCUCGCCAUCUCCCAUUCCUUCCGUGGAGCCCCUCACGUCUGCUGCUUCACCGGGGCCUCCGACGCUCUCUUCAUCUUCCUCCUCCUCUUCUUCGCCUUCAUUCUCUUCUUCAUCCUCCUCGUCUUCUCCUUCGCCGCCUCCUCUCUCAGCGGUAUCGUCUGUGGUUUCCUCGGGGGAUAAUCUGGAAGCCUCUCUCCCCAUGAUAUCUUUUAAACAGGAGGAAUUAGAGAACGAAGGUCUGAGAGCGAGGGAAGAAUCCCAGUCGGCCACUGCGCGGGAUAUCGUUCAGGAGACAUUCAACAAAAAUUUUGUCUGCAACGUCUGUGAAUCACCUUUUCUUUCCAUUAAAGAUCUAACCAAACAUUUAUCCAUUCAUGCUGAGGAAUGGCCCUUCAAAUGUGAAUUUUGUGUGCAGCUCUUUAAGGCUAAAACUGAUUUGUCAGAACAUCGCUUUUUGCUUCAUGGAGUGGGGAAUAUCUUUGUGUGUUCGGUUUGUAAAAAAGAAUUUGCGUUUUUGUGCAAUCUGCAGCAGCACCAGCGAGAUCUCCACCCCGAUAAGGUGUGCACACACCAUGAGUUUGAAAGCGGCACCCUGAGGCCCCAGAACUUUACGGAUCCCAGCAAGGCCCACGUAGAGCAUAGGCAGAGUUUGCCAGAAGAUCCUUUAGAAACGUCUAAAGAAGAAGAAGAGCUGAACGAUUCCUCAGAAGAGCUUUACACGACCAUAAAAAUAAUGGCUUCUGGAAUAAAGACGAAAGACCCAGACGUUCGGUUGGGUCUCAAUCAACAUUACCCAAGCUUUAAACCACCUCCGUUUCAGUACCAUCACCGCAACCCCCUGGGCAUUGGUGUGACGGCCACAAAUUUCACUACACACAACAUCCCACAGACGUUUACCACCGCCAUUCGCUGCACCAAGUGUGGGAAGGGUGUGGACAACAUGCCUGAGCUGCACAAACACAUCCUGGCAUGUGCCUCCGCCAGCGACAAGAAGAGGUAUACCCCGAAGAAGAAUCCAGUCCCGCUGAAGCAGACUGUGCAGCCCAAAAACGGUGUGGUGGUUUUGGACAACUCUGGGAAGAAUGCCUUCCGACGAAUGGGACAGCCCAAAAGACUGAACUUUAGUGUUGAGCUCAGCAAAAUGUCCUCGAAUAAGCUCAAGUUAAAUGCGUUGAAGAAAAAGAACCAGCUUGUCCAGAAAGCCAUCCUUCAAAAAAACAAAUCUGCAAAGCAGAAAGCCGACCUAAAAAACGCGCCUGAGCCGUCCGCGCACAUCUGCCCGUACUGCAACAGAGAGUUCACGUACAUCGGGAGCCUGAACAAGCACGCCGCCUUCAGCUGUCCCAAGAAACCUCUUUCUCCUUCCAAAAGAAAAGCCUCCCAUUCAUCCAAGAAAGGAGGACACCCAUCACCUGCAAGUAGUGACAGAAACAACAGCAGCAGCCACCGCAGACGGACAGCGGAUGCAGAGAUCAAAAUGCAGAGCAUGCAGGCGCCUCUGGGCAAGACCAGAGCUCGCAGCUCGGGCCCUGCACAGGUCCCACCGCCCUCCUCGUCCUUCAGGUCCAAGCAGAAUGUUAAAUUUGCGGCUUCGGUUAAGUCCAAAAAGCCGAGCUCCUCCUUAAGGAACUUAAGCCCGAUCCGAAUGGCCAAAAUGACUCACAACGAGAGCAAGAAGCCCAGAGCUGCGGCCAAGAACCCUGCAGCUCAGCUCUCGGGCAAGACGUCUCGGAGCCUGCACGUGAGGGCACAGAAAAGCAGAGCUGUCUUACAGAGCAAAUCGGCCUUGGCCAGUAAGAAGCGGACAGACAGGUUCAGUGUAAAAUCUAGAGAACGAAGUGGGGGGCCAAUCACCCGAAGCCUGCAGCUGGCAGCUGCUGCCGACCCGAGUGAGAACAGGAGGGAGGACAGCAGCGGCAAGCAGGAGCUGAAGGACUUCAGGAACUUCCAGUAGAAAAGCCCCCCAAACAAAACAAACCUUAAUUGACUAAGUAAAGAUAAUGCAUGCUCAACUUAGGAUAAGCACUACGGCAAAGGAUACGAAAUCUACCAAGCUUGCAAGACCAGUUGAAGCUGACUCAGAAACCCUAACACACAGCUGAUUUGCCAGCGGGCUUCUUGUUGCCCUGGUUAGAGUCAGGCAUCCGCUUCUUCGCUGGCGCCCAACACACGUGCUGGGCUCACAGGUGAUUGAGAUGCACAGAGGAGGGCGCUAUAGCACGGGCUAGCUGACCUGGCUCCUCGUCACGGGACUGGUAACUCAGACCUGAGCGUGGCCCUGGCUUUUGGCACAGAGCAGAGAAGGGAAUGAGUUGAACCUAAUCUUGCAAAGCAAGUUCUCUGUUUUAUCAGUAGUUUGUUGUAGAUUUCAGGGAUGACGGAUUCUGAUGCACUCGUUUUAUAAUGUUUUGGUCACACCAGCUCUUGAUGCCUUUCAGAGGCAUUUAGCUUCUUUCUCAGCCUGUUUUUUUUUGUUGUUGUUGUUUGUUUGUUGUUUUUUAUCACAAGCCGAUUGCCAGCAUAAUGGAGAGGAAACCAGAUUGGAUAUGGACUCUUUUUUAUGCCUCUUCCAGUGUCAUGUUUAUAUAUCCAAAUGGACAUUAUCCUCUCAGAUUAUUAUCUGGCACUAAUUUAUAACUGUUGUAUUAUCAGAGACGGUAGCAAUAUAUCAGUGCCCAGGAUACAUCACAGGCCUGUAUAGAUGUAUGUCUACACCUAAGUGUAAAUGAAUUCACUUACCAGGUUUUACGCAUCAGUCUCUAAUAGAGAUUUAAAAAACCCAACGAAUUGGCCUAUUUCUGAGUAUACAAGUAUCAUUUCUCCAUGCAUUAUUAUAUGCCUUCCCUCUAAUGAAUGAUGCAGUUGGUGGAAAAUGGCUAAGUUUUAUUCGUGUUGUUUUUGUUGUUGUUGUUGUUCUCAACUUUAAAAGUAAUCUACCUCUUAAAAUUUGUAGUUAAUACUUGUUUGGUGAAUUUGUGCCACUUUAACCCUUUCACUAUCAUUCCCAUUUUGUUACAUUUCUGUUAUGGGGACUUUAUGUUGAAAUAUUGUAUAAAGCAUUUGUAGCAGUUUAAAAAUAAAAUAUUUAAAAUUAUUUAAAUUGUUUUGGACGCUUCAAUUGUAUUAUAUGUGAUUUACAUUUUACAUUUUGUUUGAGUUGUUAAUCUGGAGAGUGUUCUUGUAUUGAAGUUUGCUGUUAGUAAUUUUAUUGUUUCUUGUUGGAGAGUGAUAUAAAAGACUAUUCUAAUGAAAACAUUAAAAUUUACAAAUUGACAUACAAAAGGGGUUGUCCGUUGAUUUUAACCAACGUAGCCUUGAGAGAGAGAGAGAGAGAGAGAGAGAGAGAGGUUAAUUAUAGACAGACAAGUUAAGAGUGGUGUUUGCUAUUUUUCCCCUUCCAGCAUGACAUAAAUCAUUUGAGCUUGUCAGAUGUACAGAAAGUUUUCUUAUGCUGUUGCUAGCAAGCACUUACUGAUGGGGGAAUUCAAAUGAUGCAUUUUAUAUCAUUGUAACCAAUAAAAAACUUUCUAAAAGCUGUGGAAGGACUGUAUUUUGUACAUCAUUGGGAGCAGUUAAGGGGGAAAAUGAAGGUGAACGUGGGAGGGGUGCUCACAGGCUGCAUCUCUAAAGUGCAGUUGUCGAGCCCCACGGCCGACCUCUUCCCACUUGUUUCUGUUUGGCAUUGAUUGAAUAUUUGUGAAUUCACAUCAUUUCCAUACCACCUAGAGAGUAGACGUGCAAUUGGACGGUGGUGCUAAGAAGUGCGUGGAGAACUUUCUUUGGUAAGAGUGAAAUAAUUUCCUGUAUGGGGUGUCAGUUUCCUCUGUGCUUGCGAACAGUUCGCUCUAGUCUGGAGGUUUUUAUAUUUAUGGAUCCCCCGAAGAAUGAAACAAAGAAGUUGUAACAUUUGUAUUAGGUUGAUAUG